CCACGGUGCAACCAGCUGGGACAAUACUGCAGUGCUUUGGGCUAUUGUCCAUACCUGAGAAGAAUGUCAUUAUAUUCCAUCAGUGGAAUGGGACGUGCUUCCACUGUUUCAUCUCAUGCGGACUAAUUAACAUGGAGAGAGUUCGCCUCAUCAGUGUCGUGGACAGGGGACAGGACCCCUCAGAGCAUUGUCUUGCUUCCACACUUCUGCAGAUAAACGAGCAGAUCAGCAGCCAGCUUUACUCCCAGUGUGACUGAGGAGAUUGAUCCAGGCCUGUGUGGCAUAGCUGUUGUGGGUAACAGUUCCGAUGGCUCUUCAGGAGAGCUAACUCAACAUGGAUGUCUAUUUUUAACCAACUCCGCUGCUAGAGAAACUGCAGAAACGAGGUGUAUCGUUUUGCACCAGUCAGUUAGCUAUCAGCUCUGUCAAAUUACAGCUAUCGUUGUAGCACCGAAGACAGCCACUCGGCAUGGGCGUUGAAGAGUCGAUCGAUGAAGGGCCGGCGCCAAAUGCGACACCUCGAGUUUCGCCUAUGAAUGGUAUUAUUGGAGUCGCUUUGCUGAAAGGUUCUGUUCUUCCAGCUUUCCUAUUUUUCGUUGAAAUGAUUGAUCCCAUAAUUGGCAUUUGCAACAGCCCUUCCAACUAUCUUAUUUUCGUUCCAAUAGUUCUGAGCAUGGAUUGUGCACCACCGACUCUGUCAGAUCAGUUCUUCAAUGGCCCAAUGAACCGAGACAUGUUAAGAAAUCAUCACUGUCAAGAAUUCUGGGUCUCGUUACAGAUUCCCUGGCCAUUGCUACUUCGGUUCCCUUCAUCGUCCUGCUGCUGCUAGCACUUUCUUGUUUAUCGUAGAUGAUGAAUGGAACCGCCUCGAAACGGGAAUGAAAG